AUGGCUCUGCAAAGCAUCGCUGAGACCUGGCUGCGCACGUUUGCGCUUGCGGCAUCCACGGGUGAUGUCCCCGCCAUUGUACAGACCUUCCUUCCCGAUGGGUUCCUCAGAGACCUACUCGUGUUCACAUGGGACGUCCACUCGCUCGAGGGACACGACAAGAUGACGGCGCACUUACGUACCACGCUCGCAGGCGCACAGCUGUCCAACUUUAAAAUCGAGACGCGGCCUGGGUUGUGUGCCGAGCCGAGCACCAAGGGUGGCGUCGGCGCGUCGUUUACGUUCGAGAUGCCUCGCCGCUACGGGCGGGGCUACGUGCGGCUGCUUCAGGGCCAGCCGUCGAACGAGUGGAAGGCCAUGGCGGUAUAUCUCGCGGUCGACGAUCUCAAGGGCCACGAGGAGCUGGGGCCUGAACCCGGCGUGUACGGCGGGCACACGCUCGCCUGGGAAGAGGUGUUUGCGGCGCGCCGCGCGCGCAUCGAGCAGGACCCUUACGUGAUCGUCUUGGGGGCAGGACAGAAUGGGCUGAACGCUGCGGCGCGCCUCAAGCAGUGGAAUAUCCCGACGCUCGUCCUCGAGAAAAAUGCACGCAUCGGCGACCAAUGGCGUGGGCGGUACCCGACGCUCUCGCUGCACUCCAUUCGCAACUGGUCCCACCUCGCCUAUCACCCCUUCCCAGAGAAGUGGCCCGAGUACGCUCCCCGGGAAAAGAUGGGCGCCUGGCUCGAGCAAUACGCAGACACACAGGACAUUGUCGUCUGGACACGCUCGAAGCUUCUUCCCGGUGCGCGAUACGACUCCGCAAGCGGUCGCUGGACCGUAACUGUCGAUCGUGCAGGGACGCUUGUGCAACUGCACCCCGCGCAUGUUGUCUGUGCCGUCGGCAGUACUGGCCCGCCGCGGAUGCCCCUCAUUCCCGACCGCGCCCGUUUCGCAGGAGAGGUCAUGCACUCCAGCGCAUACCCCGGUGGGGCAGCCUAUACCGGCAAGCAUGUCGUCGUCGUCGGCGCAUGCCAGUCUGCCUCGGACAUCUGCCAGGAUCUCGCGUUCCGUGGCGCGUCCGUGACGAUGGUCCAGCGGUCGUCCACGUGCGUCGUGACCAUCAAGACGGCGGCGGACGAUGAGCGAGCGUGCUUCCCUGACGGCGUGCCGACCGACCUGUGCGAUCUCAAGUUCCAUUCACUUCCCAUGGGUCUGCGUCGGCGUCUCUCCGAGGAGGACGCGGAUCUGAAUUGGGAGAGGGAACGGGAGCUGCACGCAAAGCUCCGGAAGGGAGGGCUCAAGUUGAACAUGGGUAGGAAUGGCUCAGGACAUGUGUUCCUCAUCUACGAACGGCUCGGAGGAUAUUGGUGGGACCUCGGUCUCUCUGAUUAUAUUGGCUCUGGCCGCGUCAAGGUCAAGCAAGGCGUUGAAAUCAAGCAAUACGUGCCAGAUGGUGUAAUGUGUACCGACAACACCUUCCUUCGUGCGGACGCCGUGAUACUUGCUACGGGUUGGCAGGAUCCGCGCGAGGGCUUGAAGGAUGUCUUUGGUGCCAACGUGCUCGACAAGACCAAGACGCCUUGGGGACUCGACGACGAGGACGAGAUUUCGGGCUGCUGUCGCCCAACGGGCCAUCCGGGACUUUGGUAUGCCCUGGGUGACCUCGCGACCUCACGCUUUUACUCGAAGCUGUUGGCCCUUCAGAUCAAAGCCAUACAGGUUGGAAUGUCCGCUCCCGCAGGCAUCCAAGCUCGAUUGUAG